UCCGUGGGGUGUAGUCGGUAUUGAGACAUGCACUGUGCCUGAAUACACAUUCAUGUGACGCAGUAACCCUAGCAACCCUAGGUGUCACUGUUGUCGUCGUAAGCGUUGGUGGCCGACAUUCCUUUGGACGAUUUCACUAACACAAAGGUUAGGUGAGACGGUGUACUGGUAGCGUCUUUUCUGGAACUACUUUGCCGGAAACUUAUCGACGCGCCCGAACACAGUUGUACCUGUCGCCAGUGCAGCUAACAUAGCAGAUGGGCUUGGAUCAUCGGAGGGACAGAGAACUGUAUCCGAGAUGAAGUUACUGGCUGUAAUAUGUAUCUAUUUCACCAUGAAGCGUGGAACUGAUGCAUCGUCCAUUUAUAACAUAGAUGAUUCAGCUGGAUUAGGAAAACGGUUCGACGGCAUUGGAGGUCUCAGUGGGGGGUCGGCUACAUCCAAACUGCUGAAAGCUUAUCUCAUCCAACAGAGGAACCAGGUGUUAGAUAUUCUCUUUAAGCCCAACUUUGCAGCCUCACUACAGAUUCUGAAGGUAGAGAUUGGAGGGGACUCUGAAAGUUCGGAUGCCACGGAGGCUUCACACAUGCACAACAGCUGGGAUGAGAACUACAACCGGGGAUACGAAUGGUGGAUGAUGGCAGAGGCUAAGAAGAGAAAUCCCAGCAUCAAGUUGUAUGGCCUUCCCUGGAACUUCCCAGGCUGGAUUGGCAACAGCACACAGAACCCUUACAACAACGUGAAUGUCCUGGCCACGUACAUCAGGAAAUGGGUGCAGGGAGCACGAGAUAUCCACAACCUGACCAUAGAUUAUAUCGGGGUAUGGAAUGAACGAGCUUGUAACACCACAUACAUUAAGAGGUUGAGACAGGAACUUGAUGUACAUGGGUUCUCCCAUGUGGGUAUUGUGGCAGGAGACAAUGGAGCGUGGGGCAUAGAGAAUGACAUCCUAAAAGAUCCAGAUCUGGCCUCGGCUGUGGACGUUAUUGGAGUUCACUACCCAAGGAAGGCCACACCUUUAGCAGCACUGAAGACUGGCAAACUGCUGUGGGCAUCAGAAGACUACAGCGCCUAUAACAAUGCAAGGGGAGGUGGACUCUGGGCCAGGGUAUUAAAUGAAAACUAUGUUGACCGCUAUUUAACAAGCACUAUAGCCUGGAACCUGAUUGACAGCUACUAUGAGGGCCUGACCUGGGACCGCGACUCCCUGAUGACAGCCAGACAGCCUUGGAGUGGCAACUACAUCGUGGAGAGUCCUAUAUGGAUGUCCGGCCAUACUACCCAGUUUACUGCGAUAGGCUGGAACUAUCUGAAUCAUGGAUCUGGAGUGGGCCGGCUUGCAAAGGGAGGGACGUAUGUCUCACUGGUCAGUCCAGACACCAAGGACCUCUCCAUCAUCAUUGAGACAAUGACACUGAACCACUCACUCUGUACAAGGGAGGUGAGAUGCUCCCCCCGGCCUGUUGGGCCACAGACCGUCACCCUGCACAUUGGAGGAAGCUUUGCUGAUGUGUCCCAACUGAAUGUGUGGUACAGCAAGCUUAGUUUUGACAGUAAACAGUCGGUGUACUUCAAGCACCUGGAUCCUCUGAAGGUAUCUACAAAGGUUGUGACACAAGGUAUGGCUAGCUUCAGUGUAGGUCUGGACGAGGUGUACUCACUGACCACUCUAAACACAGGACACAAGGGAGACUUCGGGCCACCACCUGCAGCCAAGUCCUUCCCUCUUCCAUAUGUGGAGGAUUUUGAUAGCUAUCCCGAGCAUGCUGAGGCUUUACUCCUGGCACAGCAGAAUGGUGCGUUUGAGGUAAUCUCCACGGGCUCUGGCAAUGUGAUGAGGCAGAUGGUGACUGAGAUGCCGAUAGUUUGGUGCCAGACAAACUUUGAUCACUAUACAGCUACCAUGGACGUCAUUGGCUCUGCUGACUGGAGUGACAUAUACAUUGAGGCAGAGGUGCGAGUUGGCAGGGUCAACGGUACACACGGCAUAUACAUUGCAGCACGCAUCAACAACACUGGAUGCACCUACUUCAAUGCAAGCGGGAUCUUCUUCUUCAUCUUCCCUGGCAAAGGGUCCUUCAGUGUCUCCUCAGAUAUUGAGAGACUCCACAUGUACGCUGAGGGAGCCGCUCCACAGCUAAGUCAGUACGGCUGGAACAAGAUGUCAUUGCAUACCAAGGGAAGUUGGGCAGUGGGCUACAUCAAUGAAAAAGUUGUAUUCAACUUGACAGUUGCUGCACAGCCUGCUCGUGGCUUUGUUGCAGUGGGCACAGAUGUAUUUGGCAUCGCUGACUUUGACAACCUGAAGCUGGCCAGCAGUGCGGCUGAAGCUGACUGGGUCAAGGGCAAGAGUAACAGAUUUUACCACAGUCUUCUAGAAACACAGUACCAGAACCAGGGAUGAAACAUCCACUUUCAGACCAAGACAUCAAUAAACUGAAAUGUGUGUCUAUAUGUCACUGUCCUUUGCAGUACAAAUGUUUAAAUGUUUUUUCUGGAGAAUAGAUUGCUGUACUUUGUCUGUCCAUCUAGUGGUCAAAUUGGUUUGCAUCUAUUCUCAGAAUAUAUAUUUUUUGUUAGAAAACUGUUUAAAAACAAACCUACACGAGAAGUUUUCACACUAAAAUGUGGCCUUACCAAAAUGACUGCUAUAUGUGGCACUUAACAAAACUUCAUAAAUACUCAGUUUCAAGUCAUAUUUUAUUGUUAAUGUGUGUAAAGUGUUUUUAGUUUCUUUUCAGAAAUGUUAUCUCAAUCACAUUUUGUAGAUCUUAGAGAGACAUAAAGAUUGGAAGGAUC